AUGAGCCGCCAAAAGGUCCCAGACGACAAGCGCCAGCGCACGGCGCAAGCGUGUGACUACUGCAAACGACGCAAGCAAAAGUGCAAUGGCACAAAGCCAUGCUCGACCUGCGUCAAAAAGAGGGUCAACUGUACCUAUGCCACUGGGGCGAGCCAAGGUUCCGGCAAUGCAGCCGGCACCGGACCCGGCACUGGCUUGUCCAUGUCCUCCAGCCGGCCCUCCACGGACGACGCCUAUGACGGUUCCGCUGCCUCUUCCUCAGCCUCGCCACCCAAGCGCCGCCACAUCGAGGCGCCGUCCUCCGUUUCGACCGGCACGCACAGCCUGCGUCAGCAUCAGAAUCGCCAGCACCACCGCCUCGACUAUCACAGCAACAACAACCGCACUGGCAACACCAUUCCGCCUGCAUCGUCCAUGACACAGACCAACGUCGAGGUCGAGGCAAAGGCGCGGCUCAAGCUGAAAACAGUGCCACACCCGUCGUCGGCAUCUCGGUCAUGGGGCGGUGGACGGAAACAGAAAGUCGCCAUCGAGCUGGAGACGUCGUUUCUGCAGAACCAUGGACUGUUAGGGCCGGUCCAGGAGAGCAGGCGUCCGUCGGCGGAUGGUGGGCUGGAGGAGCACACGCGGGCUAGUUCGUCGAGCGGCCAUGAGGAGGAAGCGAUUUUGCUCCAAACGACGCGAAUGCUGCAAGAUCAAAAAGGGCGCCUCUGUGAGUUCCUUCCUUUUCUUUCCUUGGCCGUGCCCUUCGUUCUUUCCUACAGCGGACUGUACAUUGGUGAUUCGGCCACUCUCUCCUUCCUCCACCUCUUCCGUCUUAUGGUCGAGAGCAUCAGCGGCCAGUCCAACUUCACUCUCGACCCCAGAAAGGAGUCUAUCGUCGAAAAUGUCGUGUCUCUACCGCCGUACGUCCGUCCGCCCUGCAUGCUGCCCGACCGACACACGGCCGACUUGCUCGUCGAGUCCUUCUUUGUCAACACCGGCGCCAUAAUCGAAGUCUUUGACCGGCGCGAGUUUCUCGCUGAGCUCGAGCGCUGCUAUGCCAAUCCACUGAUAGCGAGCACGCCUUUUUUGUGUCUGUUGUUCCUAGCAUUUUCAAUUGGCCUUGCCAUGGCCGCGUCUAAUGCGGACACCGUCGACGCGUCCGCCCUGCGUCAGUUGGUGGAACUGCCCUACGACCAGGCCGAGCUCUUCUUCCGCACUGCCAAAGUCAUGGACGACCCACUCAACGGCGUCGAGGAUGCCGAGUUGUGGUCCGUCCAAGCUCAGCUACUCAUGGCCGUCUACAUGCUAGCCGUUUCCAAGCGCAACGCCGCCUUUACGUACCACGGCAUCGCUGUACGCUCGGCCAUUGCACUCGGCUUGCACCGCGAGGAGACCAUGGUCAAUUUCUCCACGUCCGAGGUUCUCUUGCGCUGCAACAUCUGGAGGAGUCUAUACGUCCUGGACCGCUUCAUUGCCGCCUCGCUCGGUCGCCCGCCCGCCAUUAGCGACAAUGACUGCACCGACGUUGCCUUCAAAGAUACCAUGAUGCUCCCGCACAUUGCACCCAUUGGUCCGAUGCAACAACCGAGUACAAUGGGACAAGGGACCAUGAGUGCCGGCGGUCCUGGUCCGGCUCCUCCAUCCUCGUCCUCUUCCUCCUCCAACCAUGCAGUUAUGACUGGCCGGUGCUCUAAGCCGAUGAACAACUUUGGCUUCGAUGCCUCUGUACGCAGCUGCCGAAUUAUUGGCAUCAUACUCAAGAAGAUGUAUGUGCGCCGCCGUGUCUCCUCGCGCGCCACAGCCGAUAUCGUCCGCCAAUGCAGCGUCUGGGCCAAGGAGAUGACGGAGAAUCUACGCUGGCAGCGCACCGUUGAGGCUGCCGCAGCACUCGACGCUGGCAAAAUCAUGCGCAUGCCUCAAGCAGAGAGCAUUGCCAUCCUGCGCACCAACCUCUUUUACUGCCAUGCUGUUAUCUUAUUGACGCGCCCCUUCUUCCUCUUCCUGAUCCAAGCCGAUCGCCGCAACCAUGCCAGCCCCGGCAGCCUUGGCAACUUUUUCGGCGCACUCAACAAAUCCGGCAGUCACAGUAGUAUCGGCCGGAUCAAUGGCACCAGCCGACCCGCUGGCUAUGGCAGCUCCGGACGAUUCUCGCCUCCCUUACGCACCCGCACUGAGCGGUUUGCCGAGAACUGUGUCACCGCAUCCUACCACACCAUUGCCAUGGUCGGCCAAGCUCUCACUACGAAGUACCUCCCUCAGCGAGAUCCUUUUAUCAUGCACUUUCUGUUCACGGCAACACUGCUCAUCAUGGCCAACGAGUUCAUUGCCAUGUUCCACAAUACCACGUACGACGAACACAUCGACCUCGCCUUGCGUGUCAUGACGUUCUUCUCUACUAGUGACCCCCAGGCACAACGUCUCGCGUGGAUUCUGGAUGCCCUUCGGGAAGCCGUAGACAAGCACGCAGCAAAACCCAACACCGCCGAUACCUCCAAUAACGACUCGACAAACAGCGACCAGAAAAAACAUGCCCGUGACAAGAACCGCACGUUUCGUUUCGAGUUCCCAAGAGACUUUAUUCCUGGGACGACGGAUCCCAUUGACACAUUCUUUGUCUUGCAGCCUGCGCAUGCAGCGGCUGGCGGAGGGGCAGUCCCAUUCAGGGGCGGGCAGGGCGGCAGGACUCUUCAGGUGCCAAGCAGUCAGCUGGCGCAACCUCCUGCAGAGGCAGGAACUGGAGCAGGAUCGUCUCAACUUAUGGCUCCAUCGGCAGACUAUAUCCACGUAGAUACGGGCUUCGCCGGGCAAAGUCAAGGCAGCAUCGAACAACACCAGCAACCAGGUCUCCUGGACUUACAAAAUGUGGGUAUGCCGACUUCAAUGUCGGCCACGUCUGCGGGCUCUGCUCAACAGCGUGGUGUUCUCUACGGCGGAGAAAGCAACGAAGGUGCAUCGACUGCAAAUCCCCUCCUCCUUCCGCCUCCAUUCGCCAUGCCAGCGGCAGUACCACCGUCUGACUUUUCGCCUCAGUAUCACACACAGCCGCAGCAUCAACACAGUACGAGUACACAGCAUCCACAACAACCCCAACACCAGCAACAGCAUUCCGUGAAUAUAGCUGGUGGCACGGGAGGUGGAGGGCUCGGGCCGGAUGCUUUCCAGUCUAAGGAUAGCAAAGCAGCCAAUGGAGACCUCGACGGCACCGACUCGAUCGAGACGGAUGGCGAAGGGUUCGAUUUUGACAUUCUCUGGAACUGGUCUAACCCGGUGGGCCAAGUCGCUGCCGACGGGACAACUGACGCUACAGUUGGGAUGACCAGUGUCGGCUUGAACCUCACGGAGCUUGGGAGUGGAGCUGUUCCGAGCACAAUGAACUUUGUGCGGACGGCACAGCAACAAGGUGAUGGCACUGUUCUGUCGGCAUAUGGGGACACGACGCGAGGUCGGGAUGGGGAGGAACCGGUGCAGGGGGGUAGUGACAUAGACAUGAACCAUGCACCGGCGGCCACACAAAAUGCACCGAUGCCGCUCCCGCCCAUGUACUCGCCCUACGGCAUGGCACCGUUGUCCAGCACUGUUGGCAGUGCAGGGCUUGGGAUGUCUGGAGUGCAUGGCCACGGUAACCUGGCCGCGUCCCUAAAUGUACCACUCUAUACGACGACAGAUUUCGGAUAG